GUCUCUCAUUUAUACGCAUUUCGGGAGCGCUUGUCACUGAGGGCUGCUGCCUGGGCAUUGUACCUUUCCACCUCUUCAGCACUGAUUUGAAGGGGGUUGUUUUCAGUUUACAGGAAUUGCAUGAGAAUCAAAUACUGCUGAUAGUCGGAAACUGAAUAAGGGAACCAGCAGGAAGCUCCACUUGCUGCCUUCCAUGGCUUUACUUGAGAUAGUAAACAGACCUUCUAGUGAGAAAUGCGGGGGACCUAUUGGCCGCUCUUCUCAUCUCUUAUACCGAUCACAGCCUAGGACCUGAAGGGUGGGAUCCUGAAGGCCAGCAGCACCAGUGAACUCAGAAUGACAGGGGAGAAGCUGCCCUGGUUGCCAAAAAAUUUUCCUGCUCCGCAUGCUCAAUAAGAGGGAAUUAUGGAGGACAAACGCAACAUCCCAAUCAUCGAGUGGGAGCAUCUGGACAAGAAGAAGUUCUAUGUGUUUGGUGUCUGCAUGACCAUGAUGAUUCGGGUGAGCGUUUACCCCUUCACGCUCAUCCGAACACGGCUACAGGUCCAGAAGGGAAAGAGCCUCUACAAUGGGACCUUUGAUGCCUUUGUGAAGAUACUGCGGGCGGAAGGGGCAGCUGGGCUGUACCGGGGCUUCUUGGUCAACACCUUCACCCUAAUUUCAGGCCAGUGCUACGUGACCACCUACGAGCUCACCCGCAAGUACGUAUCCAAGUACAACAACAGCAAUGUGGUCAAGUCGCUGGUGGCCGGCGGCUCAGCCUCUCUGGUGGCACAGAGCAUCACGGUGCCCAUAGAUGUCGUUUCCCAGCACCUCAUGAUGCAGCGUGAGGGUGAGAGCAUGGGCAGGUUCAAAGUCCGGUACCAAGACUGCAAACGUAAUGUGGUCUUCGGCCAGACCAAGGACAUCCUUGUACAGAUCUUCAACGCCGACGGACUGAGAGGUUUCUACAGGGGCUACGUGGCCUCUCUGCUCACCUAUAUUCCCAACAGUGCUGUAUGGUGGCCUUUCUACCACUUCUAUGCAGAACAGCUCUCUCGCCUGACACCUAAAGACUGUCCACACCUCCUCCUCCAAGCUAUAUCAGGGCCACUAGCAGCUGCAACGGCUUCCACUCUGACCAACCCCAUGGACGUCAUCAGGGCUCGCGUGCAGGUGGAAGGCAAGAGCUCCAUCAUUCUCACUUUCAAGCAACUAAUGGCAGAGGAAGGCCCAUGGGGCCUCACUAAGGGCCUCUCCGCCCGCAUCAUAUCCGCCACCCCUUCCACCAUCGUCAUAGUGGUGGGGUAUGAAACGUUGAAGAAGUUGAGCCUCCGCCCAGAGCUUGUGGACUCUAGACAUUGGUAGCAAACAGUGAGCGAGAGAGCGUCUUAUAAACCCUAUGGAUUCAGACAGUGGUUAAAAGCUUAGUGAAAGGGAGACAGCUGGAGGUCUCCUGGAUCUCCCUCAAUUACAGGAUUGUGUGGUUUCACAGCAGAGGACAGAAUCAAGAGCAGCUGCAGUCACCUCCUCAGGUCUGUUGCAACACAACAUUCUACUGCUAUCUGUUUGGAAAAACAAACGUAUGGGAAAGCUUUUGACUGACAAUUCAUUUAAGGACAACCAGGUGUGUGAGUGAAACCCAACAAUUUCCUGAUCUCUCUUAAAUGAAAGACUAUUGGUUUAAACAAAAAGCAAAAGUAGUUUAUUCUUGAAAUGAAUUGUAAUCUUUUAAUGUUGCCAAAUUUCCAUAUGGGGGGAAAUGUACAAACUCUAGCAGGGCCUCCUGGUGGAAAGUCUGCUAAUUGCAGGGGUAUCAUGGGAGGUAGAAAAAUAUAUAAUAUAUAUGUAUAUAGUAAAACUUCUCAAACAUCCUUUUUUUAUUUUUAAAAAAUGAGGGAAGAGAGUAACAAAUACCUGGAUCAGUUUUUAAGACCUUGCUUACCACUUUCUGAAUAGAUCUGUACAUAAUUUUUAUAUAUUCUUGGAAACUAUUUCACUUCCUUGCACAUCUUCCAAGUGUCAGGGCUGGUGUUCUGAUGCUCAGGAGAGUUAAGUAACAUUUGAGCUGUUCGUUUCUUUAGGCUAAUGGCAAUUAUGGCUCCUAAUCCAGGUUUUAAUCAUCAUUUUUUUUAAUUGUGGUUUUUUUUUUAUUUCAGGGUUGGGCAGGGAGGGGAGGACAUUUAUUGAGGGACUGAUUGGUUAACUCUAUGCCCUUGGCAAAUGUGAGUGUAAAUAUUCUACAUCCAGUGGAAAUGUCUGCUGCUCCCCACCCUUAAUUUCUAUAGGCACAAACAAAUCCAGAGAGUGAUGGAAAUGCUCAACUGCCCUGUCUUUAGGUGCAAAUUGAACUGGAUGUGACUAAGGAGUAGAAGCUGAACUUGCUUUAAUUGACAUAGGAUGCAAGAAGAAAAAUUGCUUCUGCCUUUCCAUCCAUAUCUGAUAGGUGUGCAUGUAUCAAAUACUGAGUAACUGUUCAUUACUACAAAAUAGAUCAAAAUUCUGUGUCUGGGGGAGAGGAAGGGGGUUUUCACCAAUUUUUGCUGUAGAGAAAAGCUUAUUCUAAACUGUGGUUUGUCUCUUACCAAACAAAGGCUCCGAAUCAAAUUGUGCAGCAUGAGCCUGUACUCAGUGGGUCCGAUUCUGUUCUUAGUCACAUUACCCCAGACUUGCAUGCUGUGAUCGAGAGCAGAAUCUGGCUCCCAGGUCUUGUUUUUCCUAGCUAGUUAUAGAGGUUGUGGGGGCUCAGUAAGAUCGAGUAGAUAACUCACUACUUCCAAAUAACUGAUUCGUAUAGCUCAGACUGAUACUUGGCUGCCUGUUUUCAUCCAUCUGCCUACCUUAAUGAUGAGUUCUUGGUGCCGACCCUGUUGUACUGCAGCUGUCCACCUGUCUUCUAGCCCUCAGUAGAGCAUGGGCUUCCCCUGAGCCCCAGAUGUGUACAGACUUAAGGAGCUCCUGCUUUACUCUGCAGAUAGAGUGAGCAGAGUCAGCCCUGGGGCACAGAAUAGAGGCUCAAAGUUCAGACUUCCUGUGUGACACUGGGCACUGUGCUCCAGUUCCCCUUCUAUAACAUGGAGAAAAUAGUACUCUUCACAUGGGGUGUUACGAGGAUAACCAUGAGGUGCUAACACACCAUGAUGAUGGUACCAUAUCAGGAACUAGAUAGAGGCAAGAAGGCCAGCUGGUACAUCCAGCAUCUUACCCUGACUUUGCUCUCCUUUGAGCUAUGUCCGUGAAUGCUCAGUGUAUAGAACUCCCUUCUUCAAUACACUAUAGUCCAUAAUACGAUACAAAACCUUAUUCCCUUAAAAAGAAAGAUGGGGCAAGAGGAGAAUAUAAACGUUAAGACUCGAAUCACAUGAACUUGCAGGGAGGAAAAUGUGGGUCCUAAACCAGUAAAUACGGGAGAAAGUUUUGUUCAAAUUACCUGGGAUAAUGAGUUUCCCUGUCCCUGGGCAUGCUGUAGGAGGAAGACACUGCUUUGUAUGUGUGAUGUAUAAUGUACAUAUGAAACAUCAGUGAUAUGCAGGUAAGGUGUCAAAUAUAGCAAAGGGUUAUAGUCCUACUGUGGACUUCAACGCUGUAACUAAACUGAAAUUGUAUCCCAUGAUAAAUUAGUCCUCUUUCAUUUGAAAACAGAAGGUUUUCUUAACUCAGGCAGGUAACUUAUGAUUUCUAGUGGGUAACUAUUUCAAAUACUCUGGAGUCAUGUUGCUUUUUUUUAAAACUACCAUUGUUUUAUUAACUGAAUUGAGUGACCUGGAAUACAUCCCCUCAUGCAGAGCAGACACUGUGCUAUAGCUGCCAGACAUUGAUCCUGAAUGGUUUGAAAAUCACUGACCAAAUGGCCUCCUCUCUGAAGUCUAUACAGGUGGCUGUCACUGAAGUCUGUGGAUCUGAGGGCAGAAUUUGGCCAUAAAGGACUAAAUGUAUCACAGUACAGUUUUUAAAAAAUAAAACUGAGUCUUCAAACUGUGCACAGAGGCUGGUAAUGCCAGUAAGUGCUUCUGCAAUUGAAAAGAGCUGGGUUUGUCAAAUGACCCAUUUCGCACUUGAGGCAGUAUGACAAACCAACUCAAAGCAGCAUAGGCAACAAACAGCUCUCUGAUUUUUUUUGUUGUUGAAAGAUUUGUGUUUUGAAAUCUGCUCAUUCCAUAAUAGCGCCUUCUGCGGUGAAGGUUAUAAGCCUGUCUUUUGAGACUUGACGGUUCAAUUUGGAAUGUUCACUUGCAUAGUAUCCAUGUCUUGAUCUGUAGAAGGAAAUGGGACACUGGUUGUAUGAGGCUUCUUUUUUUAAAAACAACAUCAGUAUCUGACAAUUACUAACAAGUGAGAGGGUAGGGUUUUUUUGGGGGGUGUGUGCACGCUCUUAAUGAGCUUAUCUUAUGAGCUUAAGGAGCAUUGUCAAAUUUAAGAAACCUUAGAGAUGCCUUCAAUUUGAAACCUCGUCAAUUUUAAAAGAAUUGAAAGUAGGCUAUGGCUACACUACAAGGCUUUUAGUGACAUGGCUGUGCCCGAGAGCCAUGCCGCUGAAAGGCAUGCCAUGUAGCUGCUGUUUGUUGGCAAGGGAGAGCUCUCCUGCUGACAAAGUGGUGUUCGCACCGGCACUUUUCAUCGGUAAAACUUCUGUCGUUCGGCAGGGUGGUUUUUUUUUUAAACACACCUGAACGACAGAAGUUUUGCAGAUGAAGUGCCAGUGUAGACAAACCCUCUGGUUCUAUAUUUGCCUGUGGGGUCCCCGUCCCAAUUUGUGUGAUUUCACAACACUUUAUUUUUAAAAAACGUUGCUUUCACAGAGCAACAGGAGCAAUUAGCACUAACCGAGAAAGUGAUGGUCUUUGAACAGUGAAAGAGCAUAUGCAAAGUGUCAAAUUUAAAUAUCAUGCAAGGUUAAACAUUCUGGGAAACCACAGACUGAGGCAUAUGUAAUACUUGAAACUGCAAUCCCUUGUGAAACUGACUAGAUAGCAAGUUAAGUGUCCCUUCAUACUGAUGUGCAGCUCAGCUAGUCUGGAUUUAACUUUUACAAGCGGUGCAGUUUUGUCCUGCAGAAAAAUGCAGGCAAUCUGUUUUCCUUCUAUUUUUCUGCAGUAACCUGGCAUCUCCAGCCAUCUGUUUCAUGCCCAAUUUGGAUUAUUCCUCUUCCUCACAUAGUUCAGAUUUAAUUGCUCACUUUCAUUAAACCAUCAAGCCUAGGUAUAUCCAAUCAGUUCUUAAGAUCUGAAUCAAGCAGAGGUUUCCACUGGGGAUGUCGCAACAGAAUGAUAGUAUAUUGUACUAGUCAGCCUGUAGUGGCUAAAAUGCAUAUCUUUUCUGGCAGAUAAAGCAUUUCGAAUCCUUUGUGGUUAUAUUCAUUUGGAUUGUUUUUUCUGCUCAAGGCAUUUAUCAGCUAUGGAGUGACUAUGUUAAUCUUUGCUGUGACAACUUAUGGUAGUACAGUAUUUCCAUUGAAUUUUGCUCAUCUGUUACCAUAUUGUCAAUUUAUUCUUGACAUCCCCACCCCCAGCCUUUCUGAUGUGCUGUUGGUUUUUAUGUACUGUAGAUCAUCCUAUCAGUAAACUGAUGAGUGGGUAUAAUUGUUUCCUGAUGAAAUCCAUGCAUGUCCUUAUCCCAAGUGCAAACCCCUCUAGAUAACGGAGUAUUUUGAAGUUUUGCCACUCUCUCAGGCCCAAUCUGAAUUGUUGUUAUAUAUGGUGGUGUGAUCUGAACUUUCCCAUACCUACAUGCCAGGCUGCAAGAAGAAAUCUGGGAAUGGAACAUUGUAGGGCUUCCAUGGUAUUAGAGGAACUGUUGUGCGGGAAUAAAGCGGUGUCCCAACACAAUACAAUCUUUGAAUGAGUUUGGAAGCCAUGCUGUUGGAAUCUGACUGCCUACAUCGGUCGCAGUGGGAGUACAGAAUGAUACGACUCAGUGCCGGUUCUAAAAUAUGAUGCUGGAUGAAUGUAUUGUGUAUGUUUAACAGGUUUCACUGUUGCACUGUAAUAUAUCUUCGUGUAAUUAAAGUUUUUAUUAUUUA